AUGAAGGACGUCGCUUUACUCUCGGAUGCGGAACUUGCUGGAGAGCUCCGCAAAUACAACGUCAGUGUUGGUCCAGUGACGGGUACAACACGCUCACUUUACGAAAAGAAACUUGCUAAACUUUUGAAACAGGGUCCCCCUAGUGCUACAAAUACAUCUCCACAGAAGACCAAGGUGAACCCUUCUGCCUCUUUCGGUCGCAAUAAUACAUACAAAUUGCAUACUAAUGCCCUUGCUUUUUUCUUGCAGAGCUUUCAUAAUUUGAAAAAAAUGACUUUGUUCAGUUAUAACUACACACCUUCCUCCCAAAUUAUUCCGGGACUAUAUCGUACCGAUCGACCGGGAGCGACUCCUCCACGGAAUGCUACUCUUGCAGGAUCCCGUGGUCUGCUCGAUCUUGGACGUAAUGAUGGUGAUGAUGAUGAUGAAGACGAUUACGACGGACAAGAGUCAAGCCGAGUUGUGUACACAACCAAUGUUACCGGUCCAGAAAAGCGCUCUCCUCUGCGCAAGGCUUGGGACAAUCUUCUCGGAUAUGAUUUUAAAGCUGGGAAAGUUCCUGGCUCAAAUUACGAACUUCGCCAUGGCUCAACAAGAACUCGCGUCGAUCGAGAUCCAAAAACUGGGAGAAUUAGGGUACAGCAGCAGAGCAUCGGAAGGGAUAUAUCAACCAUUCUGGUGAUCGUUCUUAGCGUCUUCUUUGUGAUGUUGGCUGUUGCCUACCUCGGUACAGCUCGGCAGGAAUCACUCCGUAGUCAUUUCAACAUCUAUCAGUCUUAUCCUAUUUUAGCAAUCGCAGUCGUUCUUGCAAUUUAUUUUGGACACAAAAAGUGGAACCAAUUGAAGGAAAAGGAGGAGGCUGCGCUAACUGCUUUAUUCUUAGACAUUGUGCGAGAGGCCAACGAGAACGGCGAAGAAUAUAUAUCAAUACCUCAUGUGAGAGAUGUCAUGUUCCCUCCUGCGAAGAGACGUGGUGCAGAGUUGGCACGUUGGGAGAGAGCUGUCGACUUUAUCAAUGCUAAUGAGUCACGUAUUUCAACUGAGACGCGAGUACUUCGUGGAGGACAGGAAUGCGACGUGUGGAGAUGGAUCCCGAAAUGGGGCUAA